UUUUUUUGGGAAAUCGAAUGUGUCAUAACGUUUUAAAAAAUUCUCUGUUCGCCAAAAACAGUGCAAAAAAUUACUGAAGUGAAAUAUUAACCAAAUAGGCUAAAUUUUCGUAGAUGUUAAAGCCAUCAAGGGGUUCUAAGCCACAAGCCACAAGACAACGCCCACUUGGAUUCCAUCCCCGAAAUCGGGUGUCUUCCAUCUCAAUGGGAUUGGAUUUCGAAUUGGAUGAGAAGACCGAAGAUCAUCCCGAUGAGAAGAGCAGCCUUGUCAGCCUCUCCCGGCAGAAUUCAGGUAUCCAGGAUAAGAUGAGUGCUAGCAGUUUGGGAUUUAGGGAUCGUGGAAGUACUAGUGUAUUGCAAUUGCCAAAGAAUGGCAAGGAAAGCAAAGAAGUUGAGCUAAUCCUGAGUGAUGGAGAACCUGAAGAUUAUCGAAAGGGCCUUGGUCCAGAUAGGAGGUUACCCAACUCCCAAGCAAUUGGUAGCAAUCUCAAGGACGAACUCAGCAAGUACAAGCAGGAGCUAAAGGAAUACAACGAAACCACCAAGGACCUAGAGGAGAAGUACAUGAAAAUCAACUACGAGCUAUGCGAAAUGCAACAGAAGCACGAUAAUUUUGUGUCCAGUAGAGCACAAUCUUCCGAAAUGGAUAUGGCAAGUAAAGCCGAUCGUGAUAGUUUCUAUAGCUCGGCCACCAGUGUGGCUUCGCAAAUGACUAUUAGACGAAAGAGUCCCAAGGUCCUGCAAAGUAAUACCAGUUUCAUGACUGUUCUAUCCGCCCAGAGUUCCUGUGACGAAAUCGGCCGGAAGAAGUACUCAUCCGAAAGGAGUAACCAUCAGACGAAGAAUCACCGAAAUAAGAGCAGCCUCUCAUCCCAUGUAGAAAAUGUUUUCAAUAGUCGUAUUGUGGAAACACUGGCUAACCGGCAUAUGAGACGAAAAAAAGGAUCUUUGGAGCAGGGCGAUCGGGAGAGGGAGCCCUCAUCAUUCAAGGAUGUCUACAAUGUCCUGAAGGACGUGAUGAACACCUCACAGGACCGCAAGUACAAGCACGAACGAGAUCGGAAUAGAGACAGGGAUUCGGGAGACCUAAGUGAACUCCUGACCACAAUCAAGAGCCUGAAGAGUGAGCAACUCCAAUUCCGGUCACUCAUUCGCCAACAACAGGACCGGAUUGCGGACUAUCACAGUCGGUGUGUUAAGGCCCAGGACAUCAUGAGCACCCAAAAGCAGGAGAUCGACAAGCUGCAUGUGAACAACAAGCAGUUGGAGUCGAGCAUUUAUCAUGACAUAGACAGUCUGCGAUCCAAGAUAGACACCAAACUGAAGAGUGUGUCCCAUUUGCCAAAGAUGAUGCGGGACGAGCACAGCAAGUACGAGAAGGUAAUGCGGGAAAAUUGUCUGCUGGCGGAUAAACUUCAUGCCCUUCAACAGGAGGCCAUGCAACUGAAGGCCAAGAUAGAUGAGUUGGGCAGAAGAAAGCUUGUCACCAUCAACAGACUUAAAGCUGCCGAAAGGGAUCUAAAGAUAUUCAAAAACUAUAACUCUGCCUUAAAGUCGGAGAAGAGGAAAUUAACCCAGGACCUGUCCACAAUGAAGGAUCAGUUGGAGCAGCUCCAGGCGAGUAGUAAGCGCCAACUUUCCCGCCAUCGUGAGCAGAGUGAAAAGCAGCGCAGAGAUCUGCAGAAAAAGAUUUACGACCUCGAGCUGAAACUGAGUAGGAGCCAAAACUCCACAUCCAGCUUAAUUCAGGAACGGGAUAGCCUGAUAGCUGAACUCCAGACGCAGCUCCAUACCUUGGUGCACAAUUUCGAGGUCUCACAGAAGCACAUAAGGGUUCUCCGGCGGCAUAUCUAUUCCAUGACGAAUCCGGGUGGUGCGGGAAUCGGCUGUAGUGGCGGUGGCCCGGCUGGCAUUGUAGGUUCCCAUCGACCCAGUCUGAUCCGGAUAAAUCAGCUGUCCCAGGGAUCCAGCACCGGACGACUCGGUAGCCCGCGAACGCUGAAGGCCAAGAUCUAGGAAGGGGCUUGUCUUAAAAAGUUCAAAACCUAGAUUGGGUUUAUCAGCUGUCCAGGCAACUUGAAGGUACGAUUGUCAUCUCCCGGACCAUACCAUCAAGUUGCCUGGAUAUGUCCCAAAGCUAUCGAGAAACCAAUUAUUUCACUCUAAUGAUCAUGUUAACUUGUCACUUUUUUUAAAACAACUAUUUUUUUAUUA